GGCCACCAUAGUCUUCCAUGACAGCGUGCCCGGUGUCUCUGAACCACCUCCCUCAUAUGAUGCGUCCAUAUCAAAACAUCCCAUCCAGUCUAAACAAUCAGUAUUUUCACUCCUACAAUUCAAGCAAAAACGCCACCAAGCUUCAGUUUUAUCUUGUGUCUAUGAAAUUGUCUCCUCUUCUGAUCUCCCUGUCGCCUCAAUGAUCAAAUCCUGUGCUGCUACUCUCCCAGGAGUAAAAUUCUCCAAGCUGCUUCAAAAAUGCAAUAUCGAGAACCUCACUGCACUUUAUUGGGCGAUUAUAAAUAACGGGCGAGAAGCCCUUUUAGAGUUCGUUAGAUUCAUCCCCAAAUUCUCACAUGCUUGCUCUUCCGACUUGCGUCUUGCAUGCAUGGCAGUGAACGACAAUGAUUCGUUUAUGCUACUGCAUUUGGGGGAUAUUAAUGCCAAGGAUACGUCUUUGAGAGGCAUAUUGGGUUGUCCACAAGAUGAUAUUCAAGUCCAUGAAGUGGAUUGGGCAGGCCACAAUGAAAACAAGUUCUUUGUUCACUUCGUCUUUAGGAUGUUCCAGAAACGUUUGCGUAUUGCAAAGAAAUUGGAAGCAGAAUUUGUUGCACAGGGGCGUAUAUGGGUACUGCGCUUUGAUAUGAAGCAGACAGGGGAAUGGUCUAUUGAGCAUGCUCUUUCUGAAAAUAGCUCGCCAGUGCGUACAACUACCGAACUUGAGAUUCAGGCCAACAAACCACCAUCUGGCUCGGAUGCCCUGAAACCUCCACGCUUUCAUACAAAUAAAUCGUUCAUGCUUGUACCUGAGGGAACAUCACAUGAUGACUAUCGCAAGGUUGGUGACGAUGAUGCUAGAUACUCGAUUACAUGGACAUUGAAGGAUUGGCCAAUGCAAGAAAAUACUCCUUACGUAGACCGCCAUGGCACCCUAAUUGCAGGGCUUACGAUAACAAUACGAUGCUAUGCCAGGUAGGCAAAUGCAUGCCAAACUCCCAGCUACUGAAUUCAAGGCCAUACCUGCAGUACAUUGUAGGCAGAGCGCGAGAUGUACUACAGGCUUUCUACAACUUGAAUGUCUAAGUUGGAGGCCGUCCUCUCAAUUCACUUGUCAAAAUUUUGCGAAGUUGUAGUAGGCCUAGUUGGUUGAAUUUACAAGUGUCAGGAUGCGUAGAAAAAUGAAAGGAACGAACCUGAUCCUCGGCGAUAUACACAUAAACCUCCUUCAC